AUGGAAGUUUCAUUCAACUUUGCCUUCCUUCCCUCCUCCCCGCCCCUGGAGGCCGGGGGCCAGCUGGCCAGGCGGAGAGGGGGCGGAGGGAGGGAGGGAGGGACCGGGGCGGGGGGCGAGUGGCCUGCAAGGCGGCGGAGGGCAGCGUCCCCGGGGCGAGGCCAGGUUGCAGCGGCAGGGGGUGGAGCAGCGGCCGCCUCGCCCUCCCUCCCUCCCUCCGGCCCACGCGGGGCCCAGGGGCGUGGAGGAAGCGGGCCGAGGGGCAGCCGGGGCGGCGAGGCUGCAGCCCCGCGGGGAAGCGGCCGGGGCAAGUGGGGCCAGUGGGGCGGGCGGCUGUGCGGGGACGGAGGCUGCCGGGGGAUGCGGCGCGGGGCGGGCGGCGCCGGGGGGCUGCGGGCGCUCCUGCUGCUGCUGCUGUGGCCGCUGCGGCCGGGGCUGCCUCCGGCCGGCGGGGCGGCGGCGCCGUCGGAGCUGCGGGUGCGCGUGCGGCUCCCCGACGGGCAGGUGACGGAGGAGAGCCUGCAGGCGGACAGCGGCGCCGACUGCGUGGGCCUGGAGCUGCGCCAAGGCGACGGCACCCUCGUCUCCCUGACGGCCGACUUCAAGCAGGAGGUGAAGAUCUUCCGGGCUCUGAUCCUCGGGGAACUGGAGAGAGGACAGAGCCAGUUCCAAGCCCUGUGCUUCAUCACCCGGCUCCACCAUAAUGAAAUUAUCCCGAGCGAGUCCAUGGCCAAAUUGCGACAGAAAAACCCGCGAACGGUGCGGCAGGCGGAGGAGGUGCGCGCCCUCGAGCACCUCAGCAUGGACGUUGCGGUCAACUUCAGCAAAGGGGCCCAGCUGAGCUCGCACAUCCACAAUGUCUGUUCGGAAGCCAAGGAGGCCAUUUACACUCGGGAAGAGGAUGUGAAGUUCUGGUUGGAGAAAGGGGUAGACGGCUCCAUGUUCGAGGUCCUGCCCCAGUCUGCUGACCUGCCUGACUUGCAGCAUUGCCGGCUUUGCUCGGACCGCUGGAAGGCCUGCAUUUGCAGCUACUCGCUGAGCAUCGAGUGGUAUCCCUGCAUGCUCAAGUACUGCAAGAGUCGGGAUGCGUCUGGGAAGGUCUCCUCGUACAAGUGCGGCAUCCGGAGCUGCCAGAAGGGCUACACCUUCGAUUACUAUGUGCCGCAGAAGCAGCUCUGCCUGUGGGACGAGGAGGCCACUUAG